AUGCAAAGCAAAGAAAUCACAGACGACCUUAUCAGCAGUUCCACGGAACUGGCUGGGUCAUAUGGCAAGAAAUAUGCACGUUUAAUGAGCCAUGUUGCUUGGAUACCCACCAAUGAGGACACUGAUCCAUGGAUACAGGUUAAUUUCGUGUUAACCGUAACGAUUAUCGAGAUUUUAACUCAAGGAAGAUCAAUUUAUACCCAGUGGACACGAAACUACAUGGUAGCUUUUGCACAAGAGGCAGAUUAUUUUCAGUUUUAUCUCACGGAGAAUAAGCAGGAAAAG